AUGUUUUCUCAAUCAGAAAACGAUCUCUCCUGUCCCGUCUGUCAUGACAUCUUUAAAGAUCCAGUUGUCCUGGCAUGCAGCCACAGCUUCUGUAAAGUCUGUCUGAAGAACUGGUGGAGGGAGAAACAAGAGAGUGAGUGUCCAACCUGUAGGAGAAGAACAUCUAAGUCUGACCCACCUGUCAGUUUAGCAUUAAAGAACCUGUGUGAGGCUUUCUUACAGCAGAGAGAUCAGAGAUCUUCAUCAGGGUCUGAGCCUGUCUGCAGUCUGCACUCUGAGAAAUUCAAACUCUUCUGUCUGAACCAUAAGCAGCCAGUUUGUGUUGUUUGCAGGGAUUCAAUAGCACACAAAGACCACAGAUUCAGACCCAUUGAUGAAGCUGAACAGGAUCACAAAGACGAGCUCCAGAAAUCCCUGAAGCCCUUACAGGAGAAACUGAAGCUCUGUAAAGAAGUUAAAGGAAACUGUGAUCAAACAGCAGACUACAAUAAGGUCCAUGCCAGAGACACAGAGAGGCAGAUUAAGGAGCAGUUUAAGAAGCUUCAUCAGUUUUUAAAAGAGGAAGAGGAGGCCAGGAUCUCUGCUCUGAGGGAGGAAGAGAAGCAGAAGAGUCAGAUGAUGAAGGAAAAGAUUGAGGGUCUGAGAAGAGAGAUAGCAGCUCUUUCAGACACAAUCAGAGCCACACAGGAGGAACUGAGACUUGAAGGUAUCUCAUUCCUGCAGAACUACAAGGCUGCAGUGGAAAGAGUCCAGCAGCGCCUCCUGCUGGAUGAUCCAGAGCUGGUCUCAGGAGCUCUGAUAGAUGUGGCCAAACACCUAGGAAACCUGACCUUCAACAUCUGGAACAAGAUGAAGGAGAUGGUCUCCUACACUCCUGUGAUUCUGGAUCCAAACACUGCUCAUCCAAGACUCUACCUCUCUGAAGAUCUGACCAGUGUGAGACGUGGAGAGAGACAGAAGCUUCCUGAAAACCCAGAGCGGUUUGAUCGUCACCACUGUGUCCUGGGUUCUCAGGGAUUUAACUCAGGGACUCACAGCUGGGAUGUGGAGGUCAGAGAUGAUCAAAAUUGGUGUGUAGGUGUUUUAAAUGAAUCUGCUGGACACAAGGGACAAUUACAGGCUGGAUUCUGGGAAGUGUGUUUCCUUAAUGGAGAAUACUCAGCAGCCUCUCCGUCACUCUCUGAUAAAGUCCUCUCAGUGAAGAAGAAGCUGCAGAGGAUCAGAGUUCGUCUGAACUAUAACAAAGGAAAACUGUCUUUCUGUGAUCCUGAUACUGACACACACAUAUACACCUUCAUACACACUUUCACUGAGAAGCUGUUUCCUUACAUUGACACUUUGAGUGAAUUCCCAAUGAAGACAUUACCAGUUACAGUCUCUGUAACAACGGAUCAGCACACAGUCCGUUCGUCUAAAGGUUUGUGGCCUUCAGCAAGCCUUCGCAGAGACAUAGAGAAAAGACCCAUAAUGAGAAGAAAUCGGGAAAAAGACAGAGGAGAGAAGUUGAAAAGCAUACCUGAUGACCUGAUCUGA